AUGAAGUUCACCGGACUCCUCUCGCUGGUUGCCCUUGGCUCCGCCCUUGUCAUUCCCGACGAGGCUAUCCUGAAUGAGCUUGCCACUCAAUCGGAGUCGCCGGACAAGCUCGCACAUCCGGAUCAUCCGGUCGACGACCCAAAGGGUGCCCUCGAAGACCUCGUUGACGACACCAAGGACGAAUUCGAGUCUGUCGAGUUCGGCUUGAGAGAUUCCUUCCACGGCGCCAAGGACGUCCUCGACGAUGCCUUGGACCGGAUAGUCGACGCCGAGGAUGCCGUCUGGGAGAAGGUCCACGAGAGUGGCUUUGACAUGGAGAGCUGGAUGCGUAGUGGUUCUUCGCGCCACCACAGGCACUUUGACCUUGAAGGCCCUCCCAAACCAGCCCCGCAUGGCGACCACCCUCCGCCCCCUCCGCAUUGGGGGCCUCCACCGUCUCCUCCCCAUGGCGAACAUUUCCCUCCACCUCCGCCGUUCCAUCGCAACCGUGAUGGCAAAUUCCCGCCGCCACCUCCACCAUUCCAUCGCAACCAUGAAGGCGGCGAACUCUCACCUCCCCCUCCCCCGCCCCAUGGCGAGCCCCCGCAUCAAAGGCCUCCCCACGACGGCCCUCCUCACCACGGCCCUCCACAUGAUGGACCGCCCCACGACAAGCCACCACACAAGGGGAGGCCGCACCACCCGCCGCACCACAAGCCCAACCAGACCGUCUACGAGCUGAUUGCCAAUUCCAAGUAUACUACCAAAUUGGCGAAGCUGAUCAACGAUGACGAUGAGCUGGUCAAGCUGUUGAAUGGCACCUCCGCCAACUUCACUGUCUUCGCCCCGACUGACAAGGCCUUCGACAAGAUCCCCAAGCAUGGCAAGGAGCCCACCAAGGAAUUCAUCAAGAAGGUUCUCCUGUACCAUGUCUCUCCCGAGUUCUACCCUGCUGGCCGUGUCCUUCAUACACACACCAUCCCUACGCUCUACAAGGAGCCGGCCCUUGGUGGCGACGAUUUCGCCCAGCGCUUGAGUGUAAACAUUGGAUUCAAGGGAUUGACGCUGAACUUCUACAGCCGUAUUAUCGCUAUCAACAUUUUCGGUACGAAUGGUGUGAUUCAUGGCCUCGACACCAUCCUUGUUCCUCCGCCCAAGGCUGCUGAUAUUAUCUCUCUUCUGCCUGGAGAAUUCUCCACCGUCACCCUUGGCCUAGAGAAGACUGGUCUCUUCGAUCUGCUGAACAGCACCGAUCAUGCGGGUGGCACCUUUUUCGCCCCCUCCAACUGGGCCUUUAAGAAGCUUGGUCCCCGCAUCAACGCCUUCUUGUUCAGCUCCUACGGCGAGAAAUAUCUCAAAGCCCUGCUGAAGUAUCACAUCGUUCCCGAGCAGACUCUUUACUCGGAUGCCUUCUAUCGUCCGUCCAAGGACGACGAUGAGCACAGCCAGGAUUACUUCCAUGUCGAUCUGCCGACAUUGCUUGAUGACAAGGCUUUGAGUGUCGAUGUUGCAUCCCAUGGUCCUUUCACCGAGAUCAAGGUCAACGGCUUCUCACGUGUCGCCAUCCAGAAUGGCAUCGCCAAGGAUGGUGUCAUUCAGGUAGUCAGCAGCGUCUUGAUCCCGCCCAAGACGGCAGAAACGAAGGGUUUCUGGGAGGGUGAGCACCUGAGCGUUGAGGAGUUCAAGGCAAGACUCGAGCCUUUCGUCGACUCCGGCGAGUCCGAGCCCGAGUCCGACGCUGAAGAGCUUGGUUGGGGUGAACUUUGA